GUUGGUAAAAAAAUAUUUACCACUCAAAUUAGUACCCCACUCUAAUUAGUACCUUGGCGUGAAAUAAAUAUAGAGGUGGAAUGAAAUGUUGAGAACAAGAGUGAGAUAACUAGCAAGGCAAAACUGGUUUACUGAGGUUUAGAAUCACAGAGCCUAUGUUGAUGCUCUGCACAACCUCACCAAACCAGUCAUGGGUCUCUCCUUCUUCCUACCAAUACAUAAACCCAAACCCUUUGAAGCCCCGCUUCAUUUUCUUCAGACCCAAUUCAAGAACCUCUCUUUUUGGCGCCAAAUUUCGUGUCCCGGCGACCACGCUCGCCGGAACUACCCAUCGCAAAAAUGCUGACAAGAAUGUGAAGAUUGGCGUGCUCUGUGAACUGGGUAAUCUGAAAGAGGCGGUGGAAAUGGUGUGCGGGUCGGAAAGCUCCGAUCUUGAUUCGGCGGCGUACUGCUCCGUCUUGGAGCUCUGCGCCGGAAACAAGUCUCUGAAAGACGGGAAGAGAGUUCACUCGGUUCUUUGUGAGCAUGGAGUGAACGUUGAUGGGUAUGUGGGGGCAAAGCUUGUGUUCAUGUAUGUGCAUUGUGGGGAUUUAAGAGAAGCGAGGCGGGUUUUCGAUGCAUUAUCAGAUAGAAAAGUUUUCUUAUGGAAUCUUAUGAUCAAUGAGUAUGCCAAGGUUCGUGAUUUUAGAGAGGGUGUGUGUUUAUUUGGGAAGAUGGUGGAGUGUGGUGUUGAGCUGAAUUCGUAUACGUUUUCGUGUGUUUUCAAGUGUUUUGCUGCUCUUGGGUGUGUUAGGGAAGGUGAGUGGGUUCAUGGGUAUUUGUAUAAGCUGAGAUUUGGGUCUGAUAGUAAUGUGGUGAACUCUUUGAUGGCUUUUUAUUUCAAGAAUGGGAGAGUUGAGAGUGCACGGAAGGUGUUUGAUGCGUUGCGUGAGAGAGAUGUUGUGUCGUGGAAUUCCAUGAUAAGUGCGUAUGUGUCCAAUGGUGCUCCGGAGAAGGGGAUUGAGAUUUUCAGGGAGAUGGUUUGGUCUGGGAUUGAUGUGGACUUGGCUACGAUUAUUAAUGUUCUGAUGGCUUGUUCGGACUGUGGGAAUGUUGUGUUAGGUAGGGUGGUUCAUGGUUAUGCGAUGAAAGGUGGUUUCGACGUGGAUGUUGUGUUAUGUAAUAGUGUGUUGGAUAUGUAUUCGAAAUGUGGUGAUUUGAGUGAUGCAGUGAGAGUUUUUGAGAAGAUGGGUCGAAGAAGUGUUGUGUCGUGGACUUCAAUGAUAGCCGGUUAUGUUAGAGAAGGUCUUUCGGAUAAGGCAAUUGAGUUGUUUUGUGAAAUGGAAACGGAUGGUGUUAUCCCAGAUGUUUAUACAAUCACAAGCAUACUUCAUGCAUGUGCUUGUAGCGGCUCAUUGGAAAAGGGUAAGGAUAUACACAAGUAUAUUAGGGAACAUGAUAUGGACUCGAGUUUGUUUGUCUGUAAUUCGCUCAUGGAUAUGUAUGCAAAAUGUGGAAGCAUGGAAGAUGCUGACUCAGUUUUUUCUCAUAUGCCUAUGAAGGACAUCGUGUCAUGGAAUACCAUGAUCGGAGGUUACUCCAAGAACUGCCUUCCAAACGAAGCUCUUGAACUCUUUUCUGAUAUGCAACGGAAAUUUAAACCUGACAGCAUGACCCUUGCCAGUGUCCUUCCUGCUUGUGCAAGCCUAGCAGCUCUCGACAGAGGUCAAGAGAUCCAUGGUUAUUUACUGAGACAUGGAUACUUUUUGGAUCAAUAUGUUGCCAAUGCACUUGUUGACAUGUAUGUCAAGUGCGGGGUGCUAAUUCUUGCUCGGGUACUUUUUGAAAUGAUUCCUGUGAAAGAUCUGAUCUCUUAUACUGUGAUAAUUGCUGGUUAUGGGAUGCAUGGAUUUGGAAAGGAAGCAAUUGCUGCAUUCAAUGAGAUGACAAAGGCUGAAAUUGAACCGGACAGCAUUUCCUUCAUCUCUAUACUUUAUGCUUGCAGUCAUUCUGGAUUGGUUCAGGAAGGAUGGAGAUUCUUUGAUAUUAUGAGAAAUGAUUACAAAAUCGAGCCCAUGUUGGAGCAUUAUGCUUGUAUGGUGGAUCUUCUUGCUCGGACUGGGAAUCUAACCAAGGCAUAUAAAUUUAUUAACAUGAUGCCAAUUGAGCCAGAUGCCACAGUCUGGGGUUCCUUGCUCUGUGGUUGUAGGAUUCACCAUGAUGUGAAACUAGCAGAGAAAGUUGCAGAGCAUGUCUUUGAACUAGAGCCAGAAAACACUGGCUAUUAUAUACUUCUAGCAAAUAUUUAUGCAGAGGCAGAAAAGUGGGAAGAGGUGAAGAAGUUGAGGGAGAGGAUUGGUCGGCGAAGCUUGAAAAAGAAUCCGGGCUGUAGUUGGAUAGAGAUCAAGGGAAAAGUUAAUAUCUUUGUUGCAGGAGGCACUUCACACCCAGAUGCCAUGAAGAUAGAGUCCCUAGUGAAGAAAUUUAGAUCGAGGAUGAAGGAAGAUGGCUACAAUCCUAAAAUGCAGUACGCUUUGAUUAAUGCAGAUGAGGUGGAGAAAGAAGUGGCUCUCUGUGCGCAUAGUGAGAAAUUAGCCAUAGCAUUCGGGAUACUGAACACGCCACCCAGAAAAACCAUACGAGUGACCAAGAAUCUACGAGUCUGUGGCGACUGCCAUGAGAUGGCCAAGUUCAUAUCCAGAACAUCUAGGAGGGAAAUUGUUUUGAGAGAUUCUAACCGCUUUCAUCAUAUGAAGGAUGGGAAUUGUUCAUGUAGGGGCUUCUGGUAA